AUGAUCAGAUUACCUCUUCUUCUUGUAGCAGACCUUUCACUGAAAUCUGACAAAAGUCGCAAAUAUGAUACUGAAAUACUCGAGCUUUUUACUGAUUCGCUCAACCGGCCUGGAAUUGAGAGGAAUGCUGUUCAUGCUACUCAAAUCAAGCGAGUAGUAUGGAUGUUAAAAAGGCAUCGGCAAAUACCCGAUGAGCUUGGCUCACUGGCACUGGAUCUACUGCUUACCCAAAAUGCCCACUUCAGUGCUGCUUCGGUUAAAGGUGCUAAAGACGAACAGGCACACGAUCACGAUGCUGAGCACAAAAAUCACGUAGGAGACGUAGAAAGCACUUCCCAUCCCGCCGGCAAGCGAGAAGACACCGACCACGCAGACGAUCAAGGCUGUGCAGACUUCGAGGGACAGAUCCGACGUGAACUGUGUGAUGACGGCACAGCCGCCUGUAGGAGAAUGGGUUAA